UAAUUUUUUUAGGUUACUUGUUGAAAAAUGUCGGCACAUGAAAAGAAGGAAUAUCUCUCUUGUUUUGAUCUUGUCAGAGACAAUCUGAUGCAGGAUGUAUACAAAGACGAAAACGUGCUAGAGGAUGAAAACUUGUUAAACAGAAAGUUUGAAAAAUUAUUUGAAUCAAAAGACAUAAAACAGCAAAUUGUCAUUCUGAAGGAGAUAUGCAAAGAAAUCCAGGUAUGUUUUCUAAGAAAGGACACAGGGUCAAAGAUGAUUUCAUCUGUCACAAUCCUAGUCAACAUCUACCUAAAUUGUCCUCCCAAACACACAGUGAAAAGGCUGUUGGCAAGCACAUUCCAGAAUUUUAAUCAUGAAUUCAAAACCUUACUAUGUGAAAAGAUGAAAGAAGAAGUCAGAAUAAAGAUCGCUGAAGAGGUCAAGGAUGUCUUAGCUGCCCGACAGACAGUUAAUAUGAUAUACUGUCUCAUGGAAAACUUUACAUUAGGGGAGCAGUGUCUUUCUUUGAUAUUUCUACCAGUCCUUAAGUAUUUGACCAGAGCUCUUGCAAAGUUUUUGGCUACAAAGAGUAGUGACCUGUCACCUGUUGAGGAUAAUGAAGUAAUGCAUCAUUGCCUGGCCACCUUGCAAGCCUCCAGUAAAUUGGUCCAGAAAUGUGUAGGGGAUAUUGAAGGAGCAGAUUCUUACACAGAGAAAGAGAUCCAAUCUGUCUCGCAGACAUUUAUUGAUAAUAUAAUGCUAAUACUUAAAUCAGAUAAUUUCCUGUUGGAUUGUAAGACCAGUGGCAGCAUGUGUCUGACCCUCUUGUUAAAGCUGACAGCUGGAAAGAAUACAACAGAUUUGAUCUUGGACAUCAUAUUUGGUGAGGAUAUUAAAAAUACUCACAUCCCAGAUUGGUUGUUAAGGACAUCUUUAUGUAGGAGUGUCCUAGCCCAGUUCUCCCCGACUUCUUGCUUGUGCUUGUGGUUUGGGAUUCUGGCUCAGUUAGAUGUUUCGGACUUACUAAAUCACAGUAGAGACAGCAAGAGUCUACUAGUGGAUCUCAUGUUGAACAGAAUAUUAUCAAUUGGUUCAAGAAAUCUUGACACAAGUGGGAAACUUCAGAUGGCAAGGACCGUCCUCAUGUGGACCAACAGAGCUUUGGCCUGUUUGAAGUCUGAUAGCUGUGACCCUGAAGUAGUGGCUAAAUUAACUGGUCCUGGGGACCUGCUACAGAGGGUACUAGAGUUUGUGUGGAUGAUUUGGGAGGAUACAACAGAUGUUGUAAGGUUUACUGCCAAAGACAUCUUUGAAUCUGUCAUCAAGGUACACAAGGCUGCAACAGGUGCUAAAGCUUCAGAUGACCAGUUCUUGAUGGACCUGACUAGAUCUCUCCUGUUACAAGUGAGCUGGUCAAGCAAGGGAAAAUAUGGAACACUCCGGAUCCUGGCUGAGAAUUUUAAAGUCUCAACACUACUUCAGUUCAGUCCAGACCUUGCACAGGAUAUUCUGAACAACCUCAAAGAGCAGACGGUUGCUUGUUAUGCUAGUGAUUUGUAUGAUAAACUUUUGACUGAGCAUCUUAAAGAGCUCUCUCAGCCAGACAACAAAAAGCAGUGGCAAAAAAUCUGGGUGUGGCCCAUGCUGCAGUGCAUGAUGGGAAACAACUCACAACAGAGGACGUUUAUCAUUGAGUAUGUCCUCCCCAAACUUCUGAAAACAGGAAAAGACACCCUGGAGUACAUGAUUUCAUCUCUGUGUAAUGACAGUCAGUCAGUUUCAGAUGACCAGUUAGGUGCCCUAAUCAUGUGCUUGAGGAGAGCUCGAGUCAUGGGUCUGUUGGACAAUUCUACAACUGAAUCAUCCCACUGUUUGUAUGGAGUAGUGAAAAUAGAACUGGUCAAACAAGCCCUUAGCCAUACAGAUGAUCAGGCUAGACUGGAUGCAUUUGCCUUACUCUGUGAAAACCACAAGACAUCUGAACCAAUCAGCCAAUCAGAGUUCAGAUUACUGAAAUACUUCAUCCAAUGGAAUAUGAAGAACCAAUCACCAUCCUUUAGACAACACAUGGUGGCUCAUGUUAAAAAGCUGUUUAUAAGAUUUAAAGAGAGUGAAGGUGCAUUGUGCAGAAAAUUUCAGUCUAGAAAUACACAUCCAGAGGUCAACAGUGUUUUGAUAUCGUAUAAGAACUUUGGGUCCUGGCUGUUCCAGUUUCUGCUUCACUCCCUUUAUCCGGGGUCAGCAUUUGCCAGACGUACAACAGCCCUGUCUGUUCUAUCUAUCAUGGUUAAUCUUCUCCAUCCUCCUAAUAAGGGAGGUUAUAUCAUAUGGGAGGAGUGGAAAGGUUGUCACAUCCAAACACUUAUGGAAUGUAUGACAGACACGUUUGAAGACAAUAAGAAAGAGGCCUUCCAUAUAUUGAAGCAUUGCUUCUACCAAGGGCUUCAUCUCAAGAACCUCAUCAAUAUGAAUGAAUCUGAGCUGUUGGACAUUGGUCUGGAAUUAGCUGGCAGUAACCGUCCACAGGACUGUACCACAGGAGCCUACCUCCUUCGAAUCCUCCUCCUACAGCCUAGAAUUCAGGACUUCCUGGUCAAUUCCCAGGAAACCCUCACAAAAUACCUUACACCUUCUGCUCUGGCAAAGUGGGAGGACUUACUGGAUGGGACACAAAAUCUGAAGACUGCUCUCCAGAAAAUGUCCCACCAAAAUAGAGCUUCAUCAGGGGGAACUGUGUUGUUGCUGUGGAUUUUGUUAUUUUACCUGGAAGAUCAACUGCAGGUUUCUAAGACUGGGUUGUUUAUCACAGCAGCAACAAAACCAAUGUAUCCCACAUUACAUUGCAUCAGAUACAUCCUGUUUGAUGUUAAUCUGAAGAAGCUAUCUACAGAGGAAUUGAUGCUGUGGCAUCCUCUGAUGGAAAAACUUCUGUCGUGUUGUCUGGAGAUAUCAGAUAUUGUUUCUCCUGUUGUACAGAAUAGCUCACCUGAGGGUAACGUUCCAGAGGAAGCCAUCAAAGGUGUGGAGUCCAUCUUUGCAAAGGAGGGAAAGCUGAGUAGUUCUGAAGCAGAGCGUUGUGUGGAGACAGUCAGGCUGAUGCCAGAGUAUCUCGUCGUCUGCUGUUGGAGAAAUAUCAAGGAAGUGUCAUUAUUACUUGGGCAGCUGACAUUUGAUGCCCCAAUUACAUCACCACAGACUUCAGUCAUAGGACUUCUCACUGUUCAGCAGAAUAAGAUCAUUGGAGAGUAUUUCAGGAAGCAGUUAAUGGAAUCUAUACACAGGGGAGCAUUUGAGCUGGCAUGUGCUGGUUUUGUCAAACAGUGUGAAAUGCUGUGGAGAUGCAACAUUAAGGCUCUCCACCAGUUACCCAAGCUCUGGUUAGAACAAGUCAUGGCUGACAUUAAAAAUGAUGAUGAGAAUAACAAGUUGUGUGCCACAAGAAGAAGUGCAGGCAUCCCAUUCUUUGUACAGACAUUAGUAAGUACAGAGCCCAACAGUACAGGGCGGCCAUGUUUUAAGUUGACCAUGAGUGAACUGCUACAACUGGCUCUCAAGGAGGACACUAAAGAACUGUCUAAUUCCAAGGUUCAUGCCCUUAACAUACUGAGAGCUCUGUUCAAGGACUCCAGACUGGGUGAGGUGGUGACUACUUUUGUUGCAGAUGGACUGAGGGCAGCCAUUUUGGGAUUUCAGUCACCAUUUUGGGCAGUGAGAAAUUCCUCCACUCUUUUACUGAGCACUAUGAUGACCAGAAUUUUUGGAGUUAAAAGAAGCAAAGAUGAGUCAAAUAUGUCAAAGAAAAACUGCCAGACCGGUCGUCAGUUUUUCCAUCAGUACCCAGCUCUUUACCCAUUCCUUCUGAACCAGUUAGAAAUAGCAACCAGAAAUAUAAGUGAUACAGACCAACUCCAUCUUCACCCAGGACUGUACCCUGUACUGAUGAUCCUGGGACGACUAUUUCAGUCACCACUAGAGGGCGCUGAUACUUCUCUAAACCUGGCAGCGUUUAUCCCAUAUGUUAUUAGAUGUAGUUCUAGUCCUGUCCUGAAGACCAGACUGAUGGCAGCCAGAGCUUUACAGCCAUUAGUGCAGAAAGGUCACUUAUGUUCUCUGAUGUCUCAGUUGUUGAACUUGGUCCCUGCAUCUCAGGAAAAAGCUAGGCACAGCCACAUACAUGGUGCUUUGAUAGAGAUUUCAAACCUCCUAGACAUGGCAUUCACAAUGCCUGAUGGAAUAAACUGCACGGAGUCUGGAUUGCAUUUAUGGAAGGAAAAAAUGUGGCUGCUCAGCAGACAAAAUCCAUGUUACUUAACAAAAAAAGCAGCCUUUGAGGUGUCAGAGAAAGUCCUGUUAGUUUUGAGGCAGUUUCCAGAGGAAGAAACUGGGGAAAUUGCUACAGACAUUAAUAGCAAGUUGUGCCAAACCUUGUCUGAAGAAUUUUUAUCAGGAAUAUACGAUAAAAAAGAGUUCUGUUCCAGUCCAGGAUUUGUAGAGUACCUCACCGUGAUCACCAAAAUGGACCUCCAAUUAGCACUCAAAAACUCCACGUCUUCAUCUGAAAUUCUAAGAAAAUUACAGGCACUGUUAGCCUCUGAAAUAUACGAGGUUCGACUGGUGGUUCUGGAUAUGCUGAUAUCUUUGUUUCGAGAGGAAGAGCUUUGGAAGCAGGCACCCUUCCCACCACUGUCCUCUGCUGCCAGGGAGUGUUUGAUGUCAUUACUGCCUUCUCUGUAUAACAUGGCUUUGUAUAAGGAGCAGCACUUUGAAUGUCAGAUUAAGGUUUUUGAGGCUCUAGAUUUACAUCCCUUGCUGAGAAAAAAAGAUUGGAAAGACAUCGGCAUUAAUGAAAAUUCAAGACAGGUCUUAAAGCAAUGCUUGACUGUGAUAGAGUCAUCUUCAAGGGAUGAAGUUAAGGCAGUUGUGAUAAGGUUUACUCGUUGGAUGAUAGCAGAUGUUCUAAAAAACUGGACAGAAGAUUGCAUGGAACCUGUUGAUUCCUGGAUGGCCAUUCUCAGAGAUAGUGUGGGAGCAGAGAAAAUUACUGACCUUCAACUCUCUGUUGCCAUGGUGAUUCAGUGUAAUUCCAUCUGUCUCCUCAAAAACUCUCAUUCCUCUCUAGGAACUAAGAAAAUGUCUGAGUUCUGGGAAAUGUUGACCAACUUACAACAGGAGGAUGACCCUGAGGUCAGAGAGGUCAUCACCAAGACACUGCUACUUCUGGGAAAUGAUAAAGCUGUCCAACCAUCCUUGACCUUGGAUUACUUGGUGAGGUCCUUUGUAUACAUGCAUGCUGGAACGAAGGGAGUUAACUGCUUCAAAACUCUGAUAUCAUGGAUCAUUAACAACGAAUCCUCAAGUGAGGGUGCAGAGAGGCUGUUUGACAAAAGUGAAAUGAAUAUCUUUAGGGAGGAAGUUUUGUUUUACCAAAUUCUACUGAAGUACUGUCUUGGUAUGGUUCAGGUUAACAGACUUCAAUCCAAAGAGGGAGACAACUCAAAAACUCACAUUGAUACAGAUAAAAAAGUUGCCACCAUUGGAAAGGAAAUGUUACCUGAUGUGAGGUCAAAAUUAGACAUCAUGGACAUUUUAUCACAGCUUUCUCUAGUAGUUGAUGAAAACUUUUCCCUGGACUCAAAAGCAAUGUUACCAUUGACAGAAUCCAGUAUUUUGGAAAUAUUAGAGAUGAUCAGGUCUUUUCUGAAGAAAAAGUCACCAUUUUCAAUAGUAAAUGAGAAAAGGAAUCCUUUUCUAAAAACUAAUGCAUUUCAAGAAAGUCUUUUGGAUCAGUACAAAUGCAAAUUAUUGAGUUUUAUUCAUAAAAUCCUCAAUGAUAUAUGUGGAUAUUCAGAUAGUGAACAUGAAAUAAAUACAUUUAUGGAAUCGAUGUAUGGAAUGGAAAAUUUAACCUAUCCAAAUUGUUUUGUAUCAAGUUGAAAUCUAGCAACAAUAUAUUGUGAUAAAAUACAAUGCUUCUUUUUUUU